AGGUGAGUGGUAGCAAGUCGCUGAACUGAGCAACAUAAAUACAUAUGUCUGAUGGCCAGCAGAGAAAAUGGGUAAACGCUGUUGUCGACCGGCGAAGGAUGUGGGAGAAGAUGACCAUUGAAGGCGGUCGUCAAGGGAGUUCGGGGCCCUCCUCUAUCCGCCGUUCUGGGAUAGUGACAUGACGAACGGUAUAUUCCUUCUUCUUUCCUCCCCUUUCCUCUUCUCCCCUUCCUUCAUCUUCGCCUUUCGAGGCCGCUUGGCGCACUAUUUCUUUAGGUGCUGACCGUAGUGUCAAGCCAGCGGACGCCGCGCGACCGUUUUUGUGCAGGCCCACUCCCACUCCUUCGACUUCUUCGUUUCUUUGUUUCGUCUCUUACGACGUUGGCGGUGGGCUUCAUUGCCUCGACUGUCUCCUGACAUUCUCUGGUCCUGGAGAUCCCACUACGCUUUGGGCUGUUGUUUGAAUUUGCGUCUCCCCCUUCACUUCGACCUUCGCUGUUUCAUGUCUUCCUCGAGCUCUGUCGCCUGGCAGACCACCCUUUACACAUUUCCUGACCAACUCACACUUAGCAAAAAUGCCGUGGCGGAAUCCCUUGUCGCUGAGAUCCCGGUAUUCGCAUUGAGUUUGCUAGGGUUAGGUACCCUCAUAUUCUUCAUCAUCAUGCAGAAGGUCAAGCUUGCCGUCAUGUUCAUUUCGUCAUCUAUCCUCCUCGGUUUUUUCGCCGUCAUUCUCGAUCUUACCCAAACUCUCCUCCGGAUCAAAAAAGUUCAUGAUGGACUUUCUAUCGACAGCAUCGUCCCCUUCAUAAUUGCGCGCGAAGUUCUCUUUGCAGUCUCGGUCUCCCUACGCUUCAUGGCAUUUUGGGCAUUCAUCGGCGAAGCACCGCGAGGAGAGGCUCCACCCGUAGAUGAGAGAGAUCAAAGGCCGACGAAUCUGUUCGCUGUCGGAAGUGAUGCAUCAUCUUUGCACUCUGGUUCCUGGGAUAGGUGGGGAUUCGUUGGGGUGAUUUGGAGGUGGAAGUUGUUUCUGUUGAGUGUUGGUAUCUUGGCGUUGCAGGUUCUUUGGCGCGUUGUUCGGGACUUCAAUAAGUUCAGCGCUGUAUACGAAAUCGACGCGGCAAUUGAGAUCAUCGCCUCCGCGAUAUUCAUCCUCAAACUCGUCUUGAACUCGGCUAUUGCUAGGACGCCUUCGAGAUGGCGGACGUUUUGGCAGUAUGUCCCGAUGAUGUUCGCACUGAUGAUCAAUAUGGGCCUCGCUAUCGGAAACCUCCUCCUCUUCGCUUUCACCGAGUGCGCCGCCGGACGAUUCCUGCUGGCGGUCGAGGAUCAUAUCGUCGUCGUCUACCUGCUCGUUUGGUAUUUCUACCCGGUCGACGCCCCCAUCCAAUCUCGUAACAGCCACCGCCGUUCUUCCUUCUCUGGUCUACGUAUCACAUCCAGGGAGUCGGCUCUCGGUGCACCUCUUAUGACCGACCUGUCAGCCGCUGUCCCUCAGUUAGAACGCCAAAAUGUCCCAUCACGUCUCUCCACCGCUACUCGACUCUCGUCUUGGAUUCUUAGUCGUGCGGACGGCAUCACCGGUCGUCCGCGCCCUGCCCUGGAUCGUGACGAGGAGCGGCUAUGGAAUCAAGUCGACCUUGAGCGUGGCAUAUCUCCGAUUUCUGAAUACGAGAAAGAGGGAAUCUCCGCAUACUACCAAACGAGCCCCACCGCAACCGCACUAGAUGAACCCAAACAAAGCGCACGCUGGCAGGAUCCCGUCUACACAACUGUCAUGGCCGACUCGCCCUACGUUGGAAGCAGUAGCAUGGUGUCCUCUAACAGCGAGAAAAUGCGCUCACCUCCAAUGGUCACUGAGGACAGGACGGUCAUCGCCCCUAUCCCCGAGGAGACCCCUGAGCCACGUCCUAUAUCUGCUGUGCCGUCCACCGUCCCAUCGUACUAUGUUCGCAGGCCAAGCGAGUCACCUCUGACGCUACCUCCUACUGCACCUUCCUUACAGAAUGGUUCGGCAUCCCCCAUUUACGGCCUCAAUGGUACAUUGCGUGGUGGUCGGUACUCCCCUGCGGGUGUUCGGUUCUCUCGUUCCCUGGCUCCGCCUCGCUCUCCUCUAGCCUUCUCUUCCGACGAACCCUUGACAGAGGUCGACAUCGCGACUGCCCGGUCGUCUGGAUUCGAAGCACUCUUACGCGAGCAAGACGAGCUCGAGAAGAGUAUAGCGGCGCUGAAGAUGUUCGCCCCCAGCACACCGUCGACCGCAACCGAGCCGUCAAGUCCUCGCGGAAUCCUCGAACGUGAUGGAGACCGGGAAUCCGCGCCUGUUCCCAGCUCGUUUACUCGCAGCUCCAGGAACGACGUAGGUUCCAUCUCGGUGAAGAGCGACUUCUCUCUCAGCAAUUUCCCUCAACCUCCGUGGGCAAGCGAGGAGGCACAGGACGACGUCCCAGAGAUGCCGAACGCGGACUCGAGCUCGAACGCGAAUAGCAGAGAAUCACAGAAGGACUUCUUGGAUCUUGGCGGACAGCGAAUGACGACACAAUCGAUUACCUUCACGUUGAUCCCACCUCGUAUGCCCGCUGCAUCGGAGGAGGUUGAGACGCGACAGUCGCUUCCUCAGUCUACGAGGUACAGUACAGACAAUCUCGGUGAGACCAGUGCGGGCGUAACUGCGUCGCGAGGGAAUCGUCUCGACUCUCAGGGAACACAAUACGACGUGACUUCAUUCAUCGGAGGUUUAACUGUCCCAAAUCAUACAAGGAGACCUUCUUCUCUCAUAAACGAGGAUAGCGAACCAGGGAGCGCGACAGGGAGUGCAAUAUCAGCAACCAUAGUCACCGCUGAACGGCAACAAUACACAAACGCGCCGGUCGCGCAGCGCAUGGUGAUGGGGCGCGGCGGCAGGACCCCGCCAUUAUCCGAAUCUGCGACCAACUCUUCCUAUGAACACUUAUCACACUCGAGAAGCGCGUCCGACGACCAAUUGGCCACUGGUAGAACAUCAGUCUCUCGCGAAGCCUUGCCCUCUCCCGUCCUGAGAACUUCAAAUUCAAACCCAACGCUCAGGGGGCCGGGAGCUGGACAGGCAGCGAGGAUGGGAACGGGAGGUCGGCCGUUUGGGCUGCCACAACGGCCCAAUCAGUUCGCUGCAAAUAGUAGAUCACCACUGUUCGACGAGACGACCGCGUACGAGAGUCCUCGACCUGCGCCGCUCGCCAUCCAGACCCAGCUUCAGUCCGGCACUGCUGGAGUGGCGAACUCGAACGACAGGCGUGGCUAUAUCUGAUCCUCUUCCCUUUUCUUCCCCAUGGUCCCGUCUGUCGCUAGAAUGCUUUCUUCUCGUAAUGUAUUUGUAAUUAUUUUUUCCCACUCUCCCAUCCUCCUUUCCCAUCCCCCGGCUUGCCAUCACGCUCAUACUCUGGAAGUUGAGGUCGCCCACUUUUACUCCUUCUGUGCUGCAUUUUUGUACGACUAGCCUUUCUUUUUCGUUUUGAUCAUUUGCUUUCGUUCGCAUUACUUACAUAUUGACCUCUCCAGUACUGUUACUGUACGUUCUGUCAAUGUACUGCACAGUGAGCCCAGC